AUGUCGUACCAGCUCAACACCGCGCCAAUUUUACAAGCUCAACCCUCCAUCGAGCAGCCUAUUGUCGCUAAACAACCGUCAGCUAAGACCAUGAUGAAUGCCAAGUCACCAAGCUCGGAAGAAAGUGGACAGAAGGAAGAAGCGAUGCGAUUGAGAGGUGGAUGUCCAGGUCAUUUCUGUGGUCUACCUAUCCUUCCGUGUCGAUGCGAUAUCUGUAUCAUCCCCAUCCCAUGCUGCUAA